GUAAAUGAAUUUAUUCCUAUGAAAUUUCUGUAAAUCUUUUGUGUUCCAAAGGAGACAUUUGCUUUCUCAUGUUCCCGCAUCAGCGUUAAGCUAGACUAGACGUAAAGGUGGUGGUAAUUCUGCUUCAUUCUCGUGGGCGCUACCAGAAGGUUUUGGAUGUCUUCCCCCUCUUUCCAGACGCUCUCUCCGGACUCAUCUACUCUUCUCUCUCACUUUAUAUACCAAACACUUCGCAUGGUGGCAUCGCCAUCUCUGGACCAAUCGACAAGUUUACGUCGUCGUGAUUCAGUGCACACCAUAGUUUGGUGCUACUACUUUGCUGGCCAUGGCUUUAGCUCGCGUGUGCCUCAACAAGGCCCUCGCCGUCGCCGGGCGCUCUCUCGCGGCGCCGAGGCCAGCGAUCGCCGCGCCGCCGCCGGCAGCCAGCUUUCAUGCACUCUUCUCGUCGGCGGCAGGUGACACCACCGCUCCUGCGAAGGGCGAGGGUCACAACAGCCGGGAGGUCGCCGUCGUGGAUCGCUCGCGCCGCCGCUGCCCGUGGCGAGACCUCCGCGACCUCGUCCCGUUCCGCCUCGUCGACGGCAUCGGGAGCGCGCUGUCGCAGGUGGCGGGGACGCUGGCCCGGCCGCUGGAGCGGCUGGCGCCGCCGUCGUGGCGGUCGCCGGCGGGGAAGGUGCGGGAGGACGAGGAGCGGUACCGGCUGCGGUUCGAGGUGCCGGGGCUGGGGAAGGACGACGUGCGCGUCUACGUGGACGACGACGGCGGCGUGGUCGUCAUCCACGGCGAGAAGCACGAGGAGGAGGAGCACGCCGGCGACGGCGACGACGAGCAGUGGGCGGCGUCGACGUACGGGGUCUACCACGCGAGCCUCCUCCUCCCGGAGGACGCGCGCGCGGAGGGGAUCACGGCGGAGGUGCGGGACGGCGUGCUCUACGUCACCGUGCCGCGCGCGCCGGAGAGGAAGCGGAGCGUCACCGAGGUCAAGGUCCAGUAGUAGGAGCGGUGCCACGUGGGCUCGUCAGACGGGCUUUCCUGGGCCUUAAUCCCAGCCCAUCAGUGUAACCACGCCUGGAUUUGAACUCAAAUACCGGCGCACAUACAUGCAAUAUGUUCGGGAUUUAGCCUAUAUCGUUGGAAGGAUGGAUGUAUAAAAUAACGGAUUAGUGUACCGGAAAUAAAAAGAAGUCCAGAUUAAGA